GCAAGCUCUUGUCUACCGUGUUUAACGGAGCUCUCGGAUCUGACCAAGCCUAGUAGAAAUGCAAGUAUGCAUAUGCAAGUAGGAUCGACUGCUUUUCCGCAAGUCUCGCAAACGAUAAACUAUCUUGAGGGUCACAAAUAUAUCCCUCUAUGUGUUAGGGCAAGAUAUAUUCCUCCAUACGUUUGGGCGAAAUGUGAAAGUGCUAUUUUGCGACGCUUCGGCAAAACAGUCCACCCAUCAAAUAAGGCCCCGUUGUUCUCGAGGGUCGAAGGCUAAACAUGAGCUUGGAGGUUAGCACCCGAUAUGUAAGGCUAGCUCACAUCUGAAAGAUGACCUUGCCUUUUCCCACUAGCUCUUGUAAUCUAUUGCAAACGGUGAACGAUGUCGUAU